GUUAUAUGUGUGAUCCGGAUGAUCUGCCUGGGUUAGCGCAUUUCUGCGAACAUAUGUUAUUCUUGGGAACGAAGAAAUAUCCUCAAGAGAAUAAUUUAAGAAUGUACUUGUCGCAAAACAGCGGCGAGCGCAAUGGUGAAACAGGCGCAGAUCACACCAGUUAUUACUUCGAUGUAAGCUCAAAGAAGUUGGAAGGUGCAUUGGAUCGCUUUGCACAGUUUUUCUUAGCACCUCUUUUCACGGAAAACUCAAUCAAAUGCGAGGUGAAUGUCAUAAAUUUAGAAUAUGAGGUGAACAUGACAAAUGAUGGUUCGAGACUUGAACAAUUCAACAGAUCGUCUGCACGCUCCAAUCAUCCGUUUUCAAAAUUCAACGUAGGAAAUAGAGAAACAUUAGAUAUAAUACCGAAUCAAAAGGGCAUUAAUGUUCGAGAUAGAUUACUUGAGUUUUAUGGCAAAUAUUAUUCUGCCAAUCUUAUGACAUUGUGUGUUCUCGGAAAAGAAAGUUUAGAUGAACUCGAAAACAUGAUAGUAAAUCUCUUUUCUGAAGUACCAAACAAAGAAACUGAGAAGCCAGUGUGGCUUGAACAACCAUUUGAAGAUGAGCACUUUCGCACAGUAUGGUACAUUUUUCCGUUGCAAAAUAUAAGAUAUUUGAAGAUGUUGUUUCCUUUGCCUGUAAUACCUAAUUUACAGCAAUUAUAUCCAUCGUCG